AAAAUCUCGUCAUUGUGCACCUCUUGACUUCUCAAGUGAUUGCGACGCCCCUGUGAACGCGCGUUCAUCUCGAGCGCCGCUGUACAGCCUCGCGCAGACCUCUGAUGGCGCGCACAAGUCAACAGUACACUGAGGUGGCGAUGGAAUACAGAGAUCCUGGACUUUGUGCAGGCCAUGUCGUGAUGGUUUGAGGAUAAAACACAGCUCGGGGUGGGCUAAAAUAUGAUCAGUAACCCUCUCGCGUUGAGCUCCCUCCACUGAGACUAUGAGGCAAGCAGUAACCGCCACUCUGUCUGUGUGGGGCGAGAGACGUUUCGGGUACUCCACCCUCAAGGACUCCAGCGAGUCUCUGUUAGACGAGCGCAAGCUGAGGCCUGGGCUGAAAGAGGACUCUGUCAUUGAAGAGAAAGAGCGGGCAGAGAAUGAGCAGGAGCAGCUGGAGGCUGUGCUGGGACUUCCAUCGUCCCCUGUGGAGGACACUCAGCAAACCGGCAGCACGGAGCCCUCAGACUCUACGCUGGAGUCAUGCCAGGACCAUAAGAAGAGUGGUGGGCUAGAAGCAUCACUACUGUCUGGCCCUAAGAACAUUGACUCUGUGGGGAGGAAGGGUUCUCUUGGAGCUUUGCCUGUGCAGCGCUGCAGUUCCCUGGGCACCACAGCCCCUCAGUGGGUCCCUGAUUCUCAGGCACCAGCAUGCAUGAAAUGUGGAUCCAAAUUCUCCUUCACCAAAAGACGUCAUCACUGCAGAGCUUGUGGGAAGGUUUUUUGUGUGGUUUGCUGUGACCUGAGAUUUAAACUGACUCAUCUCGGUGGGAAAGAGGGGCGUGUCUGUGUCACCUGUCAUUCAACUUUGAUUAACCGGACACUUCGGAAGGACCAGAAGAAGGUUUGGUUUGCAGAUAAUCUCCUUCCCCAGUCUGAAAGUAGAAGUGCCAACAGCUCUCCUAUUCACAGGAGUGCGUCCCACACACAGAGGGCUGAGCUUGCUCAGGCGGAAGUGACUGACCUUAGAGCAGGAGAUGAAGUCAGAGGUCUUAGUGGUAACUCCUCAAAACCCACUCCACCAAAGGACCUUCCUCCUAUUCUGACAUCAACAGGGGUCAAAGGAGACUAUACUCUGGAGGAGAAGAGAACAGAGUCGUCACUCUUAGAGGAGUUGGAGAGAGGUCUUGCAGAGCCUUUGGUCUUUGUGCUUAACGCAAACCUGCUGGCCGUGGUGAAGAUUGUCAGCUAUGUGAACCGGCGGUGCUGGUGUGUUAUGUCGAAGGGUAUGCAUGCUGUUGGACAGCCAGAGGUGGUCAUUUUAUUGCAGUGUUUGCCUGAGGAGAAGAGAUUCCCAACGGAUAUUUUCAAUCAUUUCAUUCAGAUCUACUGGGAUGCCCAGACAGCAGGAAAGCUUCUGAAUCACCUAAGUCACUCUUUGGUAUCCCGGGGGUUUCUGGGUAAUAACGAGCAUGCAGGCUUUCUUUACGUGCGUCCAACAUUCCAGUCUCUGGAGGGCCUGCCGUUACCUGUGCCUCCCUUCCUGUUCGGGCUCCUCAUGCUCCGUGCAGAGGCUCCAUGGGCCAAAGCCUUUCCCUUGAGACUCAUGCUGCGUUUAGGAGCCGAGUACAGAUUCUAUCCCUGUCCCUUGUUCAGUGUGCGCUUCAGAGAGCCUCUCUUCGGACCCGUCAACAACAGUAUCAUGAGACUCUUAGUGGAUUUCCGUUUUUACCGUUACACACUGCCGACGGUACCGGGGCUCGUGGUUGAUCUAGAGGCUAGAAGCACCUGUAUAAGAAUCCCUAAAACACGUCAUCCAGAGCUGCUGAAGGCUCUGAAUAAGUCUAAUGAGAGAGUGCUGGCCCUGGGCGCCUGCUUUAAUGAGCAGGCCGACUCUCAUCUCAUUUGCGUGCAGACGGCAGAUGGACAGUAUCAGACCCAGGCCAUCAGCAUUCACAGCCAGCCACGCAGAGUCACUGGCUCGUGUUUUUUUGUGUUCAGUGGAGCGCUCAAACCUUCAUCAGGGUACUUGGCCAAGUCCAGCAUUGUAGAAGAUGGUUUGAUGGUGCAGGUAACCAUGGAGACCAUGGCUGAGUUACGCCGAUCUCUACGGGACAUGAAAGACUUCACAGUCACCUGUGGAAAAAUCCACCCAGCAGAGAGGCAGGAAUAUGUGCACAUUCAGUGGCAGGAUGAAGAGCCGCGCUUUAAUAAAGGCAUUAUCAGCCCCAUUGAUGGGAAGUCUAUGGAAUCUCUCACGAACAUCAAGACCCAUCAGCGCUUAGAAUACAAAGCCAAUGGGAAGCUCAUACGCUGGACAGAGGUGUAUUACUUGCUGAAAGACCAGCAUCCAAAUGGUCUUAACAACCACACCAGCCAUAACCGUCUAACAGAACGUCUUGCACGCGCGUUCUGCUUGGCACUGUGCCAGUCUCUCUGUUUGCUGAAAGAGGACGGCAUGACCAAACUGGCACUGAGAGUAAUUCUGGAUGGGCAGAAGAUGGAGUUUUUGGCAGGCAGUAACGGUCAGCGCCUUCCAGCUCUGUACCAUGACUGUCUUAACCAAUCAUUAACAUCCGUGGUGCAGAGUAACUCUCAGUACCAGGGUCUCGCCGCCUGCCAGCUGGAGCUCAUCUUCUAUAUUCUUGAGGAUACGUCAUAGAGACGGACCACACCACUGUCACGUGUGCCAAUACUCCCAGAAACCUCCUGAGCAUAACCUUUGAGUUCAGUAUAAUUUGAGAGUGUAAUGUAGUUGACGUCCCCAUGGGGCAGCUUAUUUUAGAAGUUUAUUCAAUACCAUACUGCUCACUGUGAAAGGGUCUGGGGUUACGACAUCAAAUGGCUUUAAAAACUACUAACAUUUCUCAGUCAUCACUAGAGGUCGACUGAUAUAUCAUUUUUGCUGAUUGAUCAACAUCAGUAGUAGCUCUUGCAACUAUUAUAUAAUGGCAAAAAUGAACACUGAUAGUUCACUAGGUGUCACAAGGUUCUUAUGGAAGCGCAUUUCCAUUUAAAAAAAAAAAAAAAAAAAUAUAUAUAUAUAUAUAUAUAUAUAUAUAUAUAUAUAUAUAUAUAAUUGCAAAUUUAUUUCUCAUAAUCACAUCCUCAGAUCUGGCUAUUGCAACUAAUUGCAAAAUUCUAUUGUGACUUUUAUCUCACAGUUGCAACUUUAUUUCUCGUAAUUGUAACUAUAUCUCACAACUGUGACUUAUCUCAUAUGUGUGAUAUUUUCUUGUAAUUGCAGCUUCAUAUCUCACUAUUGUGACCAAUUGUCAUAAAUGACUUCAUAUCUCAUAAUUGUGACCUCAUAUCACGCUCUUGUCUAUUUGUGACCUUUGUAAUUACGACUUUAUUUCUUGUAAUUGUAACUUUAUAUCUCACGUGUGCGACUAUUUCUUGUAAUUGCCGCUUUCUGUUGUCACCAUCUCAUAAUUAUGACUUUAUUUCCACCCGCAGUAAAAAAAAAAAAUAAGAAUAAUUGCGAACUUGUAUCUCGCUAUUGCUAUAUUUGUCUUAAUCAUGACUUUAUAUCUCGCAGUAGCAACUUUAUUGUAAUUUUGACUCAUCAAAAUUGCAUUCAAAUCUCACAUUUGUGACUAUUUCUAUUAAUUGCAAUAAUUUCUAAAUUGCAAAUUCAUAUCUCACAAUUGUGUAUGAAUUUCUUUCUUCUACUGAACACAAAAGAAGAUAUUUUGAAGAAUGUCUAACCAAACAGUUGAUGGGCCUCAUUGAUUCCAUAGAAGGAAAA